AUGGCGAGGGGCAGCACUUCCAACAACGACCCACAACACCCUACCAUGGAGGAGAUGAUGGCAUUGAUCAAUGGCUUGAGAGAGGAGAAUACACGAUCCAGGGAGAGGGAGGAGGCUAUUCAACGAGAAAACGAAGAGAUCAGACGACGAGCUGAUGAGAUGCAGGCCAUGAUAGCAGCCAAUACCAAAAUGACAGAGGAAGAUGUCAUGAUGGAAGUCCCCAGGGAUUUCAGACCUUUCUCGGAGGCUAUAGAGGCCGAGACCAUCCCAAGGGACCACCGAGUCCCCCAGGUGGAACCCUUUGAUGGAACCCAGGAUCCUAGUCAACACUUGAAGGAUUUCCGAGCUCAAAUGCUGAUUUGCGGAGGGAGUAUGGGAAUCCGUUGCAAGCUGUUCAUGGGCACGCUAAAAAAGGCGGCCCUUGAUUGGUUUAGCGGUCUUCCCGACCGAUCAAUCACCGACUUCGAUGUUUUUAGUCAGCUUUUCAUGGCACAGUUUGCAGCCAACAAAAAGAAAUCGCCGAUCAAGUCAGACUUGUUUGAUCUUAAACAGAAACGUGAGGAGUCGUUGAAAAACUUCUUGCAAAGGUUCAAUGAGGUGGCCUUGAGGAUAGCAUCUUUGGAUGAAAGGAUGGCGGUCAUCGCCUUUCAAAAAGGUCUAAGAUCGUGUGCGUUCAACGUCGCGCUGGAGAGAGCAAAUUGCCAAACGAUGUCAGAGGUGAGAGCUUUCGCCUUAAGUCAUAUAAAGACGGAGGAAGGGCAAAUCAAUGAAAGAGCACCAGAAAAUCGAGAAGCUGGGGUCGGAAAUAAGGAGGAUAAUAAGCACCUUCGGCCAUACUCGGAUUGGAGUAAGCUACGUGAUCGUUACAACAUGAAGGAGGGCAAUCACCGACAGGCGGAUUAUGGUGGUCGGAAAAGAGACGAGUGGGCCCGAAACAAUGAGGAAGAAAAGUUUACGCCGCUCAAUGUUCCUUGGAGACAGAUACUUCAUGACGUCAAUAGUGCAUCACUAUUUGAGUUUCCAGUGACGACGGAGUGUCAGUUGGGUCUUUUCAAGACUGAUUGGUGCGAGUUUCACAGGACCCAUGGACAUACCACUGAGAAUUGUUUUGUCUUAGGGAGACAGAUUGAAUGUCUAAUCAAGGAAGGACGAUUGAAAAAGUUUGUUGCGAGAAAACACGAGGAAGGCUCGUCGAAAAGGCGACACAGACAUGUAGAGGAUGGUGCAAGGAGAGACAAACACAAAGAAAGGUCUCCCCCAGAGACCCCCAACAAAGGUGUCAGAGAUCCAUCAGCAGCCUAUUCAUGGGGACUUCAAUACCGUCACAGGGGGAUUUGCGGGAAGAGGCGUUAUCUCAACUGCUCGGAAGAGGUACACUCGUAUAGUGCUGACCGUAUCGAAACUUCGCCGACCUCCUCAACCUGA